AAUCCCUAAACCGUCACAUUUUGGCGCCAAUUUCAUCUUCCUCAUCAUGGCCACCGAUUCCAGCGGAGCCACAAUCUCCGGCAACUUCUCACAUGGCGAGAACACAGAAACCCUAAACCUCAACACUAAAGAACUCUACUCAUCAGCAAUAUCCUCCGUCUCUUCACAAUCUCCCCCACCGAAACCACCGUUCUCAUCUCUUUCAAUCCCUCAAUCAAAACGAAUCCCUAAAACUAACUUCAUCGUCGAUCUCUUCCGCUUCCCACAACAUUCCUCCACCUCCGUCGCUUUCUUCCUCUCACAUUUUCACUCCGAUCACUAUUCCGGUCUCUCCUCUACUUGGUCUAAAGGAAUUAUCUUCUGCUCACACAAAACCGCUCGUCUCGUCGAAGAAAUCCUUCAAGUUCCUUCACAAUUCGUCUUCGCUUUACCUAUGAACCAAAUGGUUAUGAUCGAUGGCUCUGAAGUUGUGUUGAUUGAAGCAAAUCACUGUCCAGGAGCGGUACAGUUUUUGUUUAAAGUCAAAUCAGAGAACGGUGGAUUUGAGAGGUAUGUUCAUACUGGAGAUUUCAGAUUCUGUGAUGAGAUGAGAUUUGAUUCGUUUCUUAGUGGUUUUAUUGGAUGUGAUGGUGUUUUUCUGGAUACUACUUAUUGUAAUCCUAAGUUCGUUUUUCCGACGCAAGAGGAAUCUGUUGGUUAUGUGGUUAGUGUGAUAGAUAAGAUUGGUAAGGAGUGUGUGGAGACGAAGAAGAAGGUUUUGUUUCUUGUUGCUACUUAUGUUAUUGGUAAAGAGAAGAUUUUGGUUGAGAUUGCUAGGAGAUGUAAGAGGAAAAUCGUUGUGGAUGCGAGGAAGAUGUCAAUUUUGGGGAUUUUGGGGUGUGGGGAGAGCGGAAUGUUUACGGAGGAUGUGAAUGAGAGUGAUGUUCAUGUUGUGGGGUGGAAUGUGUUGGGAGAGACUUGGCCGUAUUUUCGGCCGAAUUUUGUGAAGAUGAGUGAGAUUAUGGUUGAGAAAGGGUAUGAUAAGGUUGUAGGUUUUGUGCCUACAGGGUGGACUUAUGAAGUGAAGCGGAAUAAGUUUGCCGUUAGGUAUAAAGAUUCAAUGGAGAUUCAUCUUGUACCAUAUAGUGAGCAUUCGAACUAUGAUGAGCUUAGAGAGUACAUAAAGUUCUUGAAACCUAAAAGAGUUAUUCCUACAGUUGGAGUUGAUAUCGAGAAGCUUGAUAGCAAGGAGGUUAAUAAGAUGCAGAAACAUUUUUCUGGAUUGGUAGAUGAAAUGGCAAACAAGAAAGAUUUUUUAUUGAGUUUCUAUCGCCAGUCUUACCAGAAGAAUGAGAAAAAUGACGUAGAUGUUGUGUCAUGCUUGGCUGAGGUUUACGAAGGGGAAGAUAAAAAUGCAUGUGAAGACGGUGGAGAUAAUGUUCCAUCAACUAGAGGACCCUUAUUGCAAGAUACAGCUCUAAGUAGUGAUUCUUCUGUGACUGAAAGAUUGCUGGUAGAACUACGUGAUUCUUUGCCUGCUUGGGUCACGGAAGAGCAGAUGUUAGAUCUGAUUAAGAAGCAUGCUGGUAAUCCCGUGGAAAUAGUUAGUAACUUUUAUGAAUGUGAGGCAGAGCUUUACAAGCAAUCCUCUCUUCCCAAGCUUUCCUUGGAAAAUCAGCCUGUUUUGUUUGAUGACGAUGUAACCGACUUGCAACCAAAUCCUGUAAAGAGCACUUGUCCAGAUAUUCAAGCAAUUCAAAAAGGUUUUGAAUUACCAAAAAAAAUGAAUUUAACAAAGGGUACUAUUUCUCCUGGGAAAAGAGGCAAAAGCUCGGGCAGUAAAUCAAACAAGAAGGCCAAGAAAGAUCCAAAAUCAAGACCAGUUGGUCCGAGGCAGCCAACCAUUUUUAAGUUCUUCAAUAAGGUCUUGGAUAGUGGAUCUAAUUCUGUUGGUGUUGGAUCAGAGACUGAAGAAUGUAAUACAGAUAAAAAGAUGGUCCACAAUGAUGCUACAAACGCAUACAAAGAAGUGACAGAUCAAUUUAUUGAUAUAGUUAAUGGUUCUGAAUCUUUAAGAGAUUAUGCUGCUUCCAUCAUUGAUGAGGCUAAAGGAGAUAUAAAUAGGGCAUUGAACAUCUAUUACACCAAACCCAGUGAAAUAUCUGGUGAGCAUGCAGAUGAGGGAGGACUCUCUAGCAAAACAAUUCAGUUUCCGCAAUGUCCACAAGCAUGCUCCUCUCAGGAGGGCAAAAAGGCGUCAGAAAAAUCAGGAUAUGCAGUCAACAUAUGUGUGCAAACAUCAGCAGAGGAAGUUGUGGACAAAAAUUAUAUAUCUCUACCUCCUGAGAAAUAUAAACCUAAAGAGCACGCUUGUUGGAAGGAGGGAAAACCAGCUCCAUAUAUCCACCUUGUCCGAACAUUUGCUUCCGUUGAAGGUGAAAAGGGCAAGAUCAAAGCUAUGUCUAUGCUUUGCAACAUGUUUAGAAGCUUGUUGGCUCUCUCUCCAGAAGAUGUUCUGCCCGCUGUUUAUCUUUGCACAAAUAAGAUUGCCGCUGACCAUGAGAAUAUUGAGCUUAACAUUGGUGGAAGUCUAAUCUCUUCUGCAUUGGAAGAAGCAUGUGGAAUAAGUCGGUCUACUGUGAGAGAUAUGUAUAAUAGCAUGGGGGAUCUUGGGGAUGUUGCUCAGCUAUGUCGACAAACGCAAAAGCUACUGGUUCCUCCACCUCCACUUCUAGUUAGAGAUGUGUUUUCAACUCUACGAAAGAUAAGUGUGCAGACAGGUACUGGAAGUACUAGGCAAAAGAAAAAUCUCAUUGUGAAGCUAAUGCGCUCUUGUAGAGAGAAAGAGAUCAAAUUUCUUGUUAGAACAUUGGCCCGUAAUUUAAGGAUUGGCGCUAUGUUGAGAACUGUUCUGCCUGCACUUGGGCGAGCAAUCGUUAUGAAUUCUUUCUGGCAUUGCCAUAACAAAAAACCAUCAGAAAGCUGUUUCAGAGAGAAACUCGAGGGUGUUUCUGCUGCAGUAGUUGAGGCUUACAACAUUCUUCCGUCUCUGGACGUGGUUGUUCCUUCUCUCAUGGACAAAGACAUUGAGUUUUCAAUGUCAACUCUGUCAAUGGUCCCAGGGAUACCUAUAAAACCCAUGCUUGCAAAAAUUGCUAAGGGGGUUCAAGAAUUUUUUAACCUCUUCCAGGACAAGUCUUUUACUUGUGAAUACAAGUAUGAUGGCCAGCGCGCCCAGAUCCAUAAGUUACUUGAUGGUACUGUGCGUAUCUUUUCUCGGAAUGGGGACGAAACAACGUCCAGAUUUCCGGAUCUGGUUGAUGUCAUAAAACAGUUUUCUUGCCCUGCCGCUGAGACAUUCAUGUUGGACGCAGAGGUUCAUAUAUGCCAACUCUUAUCUUACUUGGUUAUGCUCGAACUUUCAGGUCUAAAGGAGGUCUUCCCUGAUACUAGGCCAGGUUAUCUUGAAUAUGCUAAGGAAAUAACAGUGGGAGCAGAAGAAGCGUCUCUGAAUAAUCAAGACACUCUAAGUACGAUAAAUGCUUUUCUUGAAGAAGCAUUUCAGUCAUCUUGUGAAGGAAUCAUGGUCAAGUCUUUAGAUGUUGAUGCUGGAUACUGCCCCACAAAGCGCUCUGAUUCAUGGCUCAAGGUUAAGCGAGAUUAUGUAGAUGGAUUGGGCGACACAUUAGAUUUAGUUCCUAUAGGUGCUUGGCAUGGCAACGGGAGAAAAGCAGGAUGGUAUAGUCCAUUCCUUAUGGCCUGCUUCAACCCUGAGACUGAAGAAUUCCAGAGUGUCUGCCGUGUCAUGUCUGGUUUUUCUGAUGCUUUUUACAUCGAGAUGAAAGAACUCUACUCAGGAGAUAAGAUCCUUGCGAAAAAGCCCCCUUACUACAGAACAGGGGAAACGCCUGACAUGUGGUUUUCAGCAGAGGUGGUUUGGGAAAUCAGAGGUGCGGAUUUCACGGUCUCGCCUGUUCACAGUGCCGCUUUAGGUCUCGUCCAUCCAUCCCGAGGCAUCUCCGUUAGGUUUCCGAGAUUUAUUCGUAAAGUAACAGAUAGAAAUCCGGAGGAAUGCAGCACUGCUGCAGAUAUCGCAGAGAUGUUUCAUGCUCAAACCAGAAAAAUGAACAUCACCUCUCAAUAAAUGAGUGCAAUCAAUAUCACCAACGUCGAUGUCUUGGAUAAUCCUGCUCCUUUUGUUAGCCCAUUUCAGUUCGAGAUUUCUUACGAGUGUUUGAAUUCUCUCAAAGACGAUUUGGAAUGGAAACUUAUCUAUGUAGGCUCAGCAGAAGAUGAGACUUAUGAUCAACUUCUUGAGAGUGUGCUUGUAGGGCCUGUUAAUGUUGGCAACUACCGCUUUGUAUUGCAGGCUGAUCCUCCGGAUCCAUCAAAGAUUCGAGAGGAAGACAUCAUUGGUGUCACUGUGCUAUUGUUGACAUGUUCUUACAUGGGUCAAGAGUUCUUUAGAGUUGGAUAUUACGUGAACAAUGACUACGAGGAUGAGCAACUCAAGGAAGAGCCACCAACUAAGGUUUUGAUCGAUAAAGUCCAGAGGAACAUACUUUCCGACAAACCGAGAGUUACUAAAUUCCCUAUAAAUUUUCAUCCAGAAGAAGAGCAGACUGACGCAACUGCCGCUCCUCCUAUCGAAGCAUCUGAUGAACAACAACCUAAUGUCAAUGGUGAAGCUCAGGUUUUGCCUGAUCAGCCAGCAAAUCCAGAACACCAAGAAUCAUGAUUCUUCCUUAACCCAAGUCUAGUUGAAAAAAAAGUGGAUCAGAACUAAUGUCUCCUUGUCACCAAAAGAUGUUGCAUUUUUGCUUUUCUCUAUCUCAAAAGCAAGAUCUCCAGUUUGAUGUACUUGUUUGUGGAUUUAGAUGCUUUAGGGAAGUGAUUGUGGACAUGCUUUCUUUUUUUUGGGCAAAGAUUUAAAUCGUAGCAAAGCCAACAUUAAGUUUGAAGGUAACAAAGAUGGUCCAUUUUG